AGUCAUUCCCGAACUGUUCCAAAGUUGGAGGACCGAGCCUGAUGGGGAACAGAGGCAGCGUCCGGAGACACCAGAAGGAGCGGGAUCCGGAUCCGCCUCAGAUCACAGUGAUUCGAGCUUCGCCUCUGCUGGCACACGGUCCGAUAUUCGUCCUCCCAGAACCCGGACCCGCAGGAGAAGACUCGUGCAGCCAGGCACGAGACCGGGACGGUGAUCCGGAGGGCGGGGUGUCUCCCAGAGCCAGCAAGAGACUCUUCCUGGAGGUGAUGAGGGACAGGUCCCCGCAGGUCCGACGCAGUGUGGUCCACCUGGACUCCGACUCAGUUUCUCUGCUGUCCUUUAACUCGGACGAGUACCGGACCGCGGUCACCCUGGAUCCGCUGGAACACGAGUGGAUGCUGUGCGCGUCUAACGGGCAGUGGGACAGCCUGAUCCGGUUCCUGGCUAAAGAGCCGGCUCUCAUCCUGAAGAAGGACUUUGUCACCGGCUUCACCUGUUUGCACUGGGCCGCUAAGCACGGGAGACCGGACCUGCUGGCCCACAUCGUCAGCUUCGCCCGGCACAACUCCGUGCCCGUGAGCGUGGACGUUCGGUCCAGCGCGGGUUACACGCCGCUGCACGUGGCGGCCAUGCAGAACCACGUGGAGGUUGUGAAGCUCCUGGUGGGAGCCUUCAACGCGGACGUGGACAUCAGAGACCACAGCGGGAGGAGAGCCUGCCAGUACCUGGACCCACGCGUGGCCGACGACAUCCGUGACAUCACCGGAGCCUGUCGGCGACCCGGGUCAGAGUUGGAACCCGGCAGCGAGGACGGUGUGGAGGUGGAGGUCCGCAGGAGGUCCUCCCUCAGCAGGAUGAGGCCCAAACUGCAGAGGUUCAGAAUGAGGACGUCGCAGGUCAUCCACAGCACCACGGUCCUGGGCUCAGAGGAGCUGCUGGACUCUCUGAAGGCCUCGUUUCAUUCCAGACCCGUGUCCCACCUCUUCAGGAGGGAUCAUCACCAAGCCAACAUAUAAGAACAACACCUGGUUUCAGAUGAUCAUCAUUAUUAAUUAAUUUUUUUAAUUAAUUCUUCUUCUUCUUAUUAUUAUUAUUAUUUGAACCGAAUAUGUUCUGAAUUAUGAGCAGGAGUUCUGACAAAAGAAUGAACAGACUUCAAAUCUUUCUUAGUGAUGUGGUGGCAGCAAUUACGUUUUUAAUACUUUCAGUCAAAUGAAGCGGUUGUUGACUUCUGAAACAAUUUGUUUGCAAACAAUGUUUCAGAUCUCCAGUGGUGAUGGAGAACAAUGUGGAUUACUGUUCAGAAAAACCAAAGAAAACAGUUUAAAGUACUCCAUAAAACUAAAUGAAGCCCUUAUGUCAGAAAAAAACUAAACACCACAGUUGCUUCUGGGGAAAAAUAAACUUCUCGAUUAUAAGAAGUUAGAAAAGUGUUCAGCCCUUCUUGAUAGAAAUAGUCUGUUAGCUUUAAAUAAAACAUUAUAGGUUGAUCAAAGGUGAAGGUCACAUGCACACCACAUUCACUCACAUCUGUCCUGCACUAUACACACACACAUAUAUAUACACGAGGUCUAUUAUACUCAACAAAAAUAUAAACGCAACACUUCUGGUUUUGCU